CAAACUUGACAUGGCUGGGCUGAUGGGAGGAGCAGCUGGGACAGGCAUCGCAGCCUCCCCGCAAGAGGAAGCAGAACAAAUCACCAAGAUACGGGAUUUCUUCAUGCAUUUUAACAAGAUCUCAGAGAUGUGUUUCACAGACUGCGUUUGGGACUUCACAACGAGGGACGUGCGAGGAAAAGAGGAGACAUGCGCGAUCUCGUGCCUCGAGAAGUUCCUGAAGGCCAGCAACAGGAUAUCGCAGCGAUUCCAGGAGCAUCAGAUGAUAGCCAACGAGAGCGCGAUGGCCGCGAUGAAGGCUAGUCGGUGAUAGAGUCGGCGGCGGGUGGCUGGGACGAUGCUGCGUUCGUCUUGUGGCGCAGCGGGCGUGGUUGACGUCACUAGUGCAGCCCUCCUGCUGAGAUAGUGUUCAAGUGUACCAACUCCAAUACAUUGAUGUGGUGA